AUGGCGAAGAAGAAGAAGUCGAUCGCCAAACCAUCGGUCGAGCGAACAGAACACACAAAUAAUUACUGGAAAUGUCUUCUCAAUAGGACUGACACCCCAUUCAAUGGAGAAGCGCUGAAACACGAGUGCAGAAUAGGAAUAUACGGCUGGAGAAAGAAAUUCCUAUACAUUUUAAUCAUAUUAAUUGCAGCGCUGGUGGUACUCAACGCCGCGCUAACUCUUUGGAUCAUAUCUGUACUCAAUUUCUCUAUGAAUGGUUUGGCAAAUAUGAGGGUAGACUCGGAUGGCCUGACACUCAAUGGCAACGCAUUCAUUGACGACCAUUUAUUUGCCACUUCUAUCAGCUCUAGAAAAGACCAGUCAUUGAGACUGAUAUCUGAGGACAACAUAACUUUAAUCGCCAGAAGCAGUAGUGAUGGAAAGGUUGCCAAUAAAAUAUCGAUCGGAAACUCGAGAUUGCGGGCCAUAUCUAAUGACUUCCGUAUUAAUGGCAGAGACGGGAGGCUAUUGUUUGGCGUUAAUGAGGACAAAGUGACCGUCGCUACCGACACACUGCAAGUGGACAACUUAAGCGGAUUGCGAUUCUCGCGGUCCAUUCAGACGCCGCUAAUACAGGCUAUGGGACACUCAGACCUCAAACUAAUAUCACCGGAACGUCGGGUCAGUCUCUUAGCGCCAAUCAGUAUCGCAAUGGAGUCACGACUGGGAGAUGUGUCGGCCAUAAGUCUUAAAGAUUUACGACUGAAGUCAAAACAGGGAAAAAUAACGUUAGAGUCGAAAGAUAUACAGUUCAGAAAUCUUCAUCUGGCAAUACCUACACAAACAGCUCGACACCAGUUCUCCUCAAAUGUGUACCAACUAUGCGUUUGUGCCGAUAGUGGAAAGAUGACAGCCGAGGGUCGACGCAGUGAAGUCAUACUAUUGGACGGCAGACGAGUUGAGCUGAUUAUUCAGCCAAAACUAUUUGCUGGAGAUUUGUUUGAUAUCGUGUCCUCACAUUUCAACCUCAAAGAGAAAGAGUACUUCGGAUUAGCCUUUUUGGAUGAGACAUGCCAGUAUUCAUGGCUUAAUUUAGACAAAAGGGUCCUAGAGCACGAAUACGCCAAAAAGCAUACUCACGAAAAGCUUAUUUUACACUUUUUGGUUAAAUAUUUCGUGGAGAGUAUAACACAACUGAACGAUACGGCGAGUGUUGAGCUCUUCUAUCUUCAGGCCAAAUCACUGGUCGCUAAUGAGGUAAUCCAAGUCUACGCGGACACUGUCUUCCUAUUAUCGGCUCUGGUAUUGCAGUCAACUCAUGGCGAUUAUGUUAAUGAGGAGAAGGUAAUUGAAGAGUACAAAGAGCUGAGGGGUCAAAGUCGUGGCCAUGCGAUCGUCAAAUAUAUGUCAAUAAUUGAAAAGCAACCGACAUAUGGGGUACACUUCUAUGAGAUCAAAGAUAAAACAGGUAUUCCGUAUUGGCUUGGACUGAGCUAUAAAGGCAUCAAUCAAUUUGAUUACAACGAUAGACGUAUUCCGCGUCGAAAUUUCCAGUGGAAACAACUCGAGAACCUGUACUUCAGAGAGAAGAAGUUCUCCAUCGAAGUCAGAGAUCCAAAACGUGUUGUGCAUACAUUAAGUUCAAUCAAUUUAUAUGAGAACGCAAUCGAGGAGUCGAUCGACACGUUUGACGAUCUCUCGACCGCAAUCACUGAUCCAACGACACAGUAA